AGCAAACACUGUUCGGAUAUGGAUUUAGGAUUUGAAAACAAAUUUCGGAUUUGUUUUUAAGCUUGAAAGCGUCACCAUGUCGAAAGAGGUGAAGGAACUCCAGAAACGGUGGCUGGCGAUGAUGGAUACGGUACAUAGCAACUCACAUGUGGUUUCUUUUAUGAACUCCAGAGUUGGCCAGUACUUAGAUGAUCACCCUUUCGUUACCCUCUCCCUGAUGGUGUUUAUCGCAGCCUCAGCUGUUCCGAUUGCGUUUUUUCUGGUAUUUGUCGUCACUACCACAGUCCUGGCGUGCAUCGGAGUGAUCGUCAUGGAAGGUUUCGUAAUAUCCUUGGGUGGCGUCACCUUGCUUUGCAUUCUUGGUGGAUUGGGCAUGCUGUCGCUGCUGGUUUCCGGAAUGCUGAGUGUCUGUUACCUGUCUCUUACAACCCUGCUCAGCUACUGGCCCAUUCGAGAAGGCCCGUCCAAGGAAGAGAAUGCCAACGGAAGCAGUUCUGUCUCCAAUCUCAUUAUUGACUAGGAAGCAGAAACUUCUCACAAGGGGUGAAUAAAUUGGAUAGCGGCUCAAAAUGUCUCCGACAGUGGCACUUUAACAAAAAAAAGAAAAUGUAGCUGGAAAAAAAACACAUCCUUGUUACAGUAUUCUGUAGAAUUGUUUACCCACCGAGAGGACCGGGGUUCAGCUCCUUAUUAACAGGGAAUUAAGAGACUGAUUUCUCCAGAGCCGGACGCUAAGAUAGCCGAGCCCUCGCUCCCAAUUAUUUUGAAAACCACCUCAGCAGCUUUUAGGCAGAGUUUUCACGCACGGUUGCUCCUGGAGUUUCAGGAACCCAACGACAGUGUUGAUUUUAACGUGGGAAACGGAGCAGGGGAAUCUAUGCCCGACUACAUUGCGGGCGACAGCAAAUGGAACCGAAAUACGGGCCAUGGCGAAGACCCCAAAUUAAAGCCGGUGCAUCUCUUUACGAUUGUCUUUCGGGUGGGGCAGGUCAAGCGUUUUUGAUUUCUUUGUUUCUAGGGGGGAUUGUGUUCUGCCUUUUGUUUGUUGCAUUUAGCAACUUUGCAGAAAGCUGGAUGGUUAAGCACAGUGGUUUUCCUUAUGCCAAAUAUCGGUCACUCUAAGCCUAGUUUGAAUAUUUUCUUUUUUUUAAAAAAAAAAAAAGUUUUUUCUUCUGCUUGGUUGCUUAAAGCUGUCAUCAGAUAUACUUUUUGCCACUAAACUGUUACUUUUCAUCCA